AUGCCCCUGCAAUCAAGUAAGAAUCGACAACUUGAUGGCGUCAGACAAGAAAAUGAGUUAGUUUUAGCUCUUUUUUUUUUUUAGAGAAAUUAUUCAACAUUUUGCAGAGAAGUCGAAGUUGUGAACCAAGGAAUCGACGAGAAUCAAGUGCCGGAAGCCGAUGUUCCGCCAGUUACGAUCGAGAGCAAGCAGGCGCUCCAGCGAAAGGCUCAGGCCAAAAAGGAGCAGCAGAAGAAGGCGAUUGUCGAGAUGGAUUUCGUGGGCACAACGUACCCGGGGAUCACAGUUUCCGCAGUGACCAGAGACCAUCUCAAGGUGGAGCACUUCGAGCCGAGGAACGAGCAGACUUCUGCAGAGUUUGUCGCCGAGGAGGUCGAGAAAUGCGUCAUCUGCCACAGUGUGGAGAAUGAGCAGAACGAGGAGCUCAUCGAUUGUCAGGGACUCAUGAACGGAGCCAGCAGACGGAUGAACUGCAAAAGCAGGUUCCACCAGACCUGCAUGAUCGUGAGUUGUGACUCCUUUCAUCCCUUUGCGGAACUUCGAUUAAUAGGUAUCGUUUUCAGAACUACAAUCACGGCGGCUUCAUGUUUCAAUACUCCGCCCGUCCGGAGUGCCAGAACAAACUUCUGUGCCCUCUUCACAGCUGCGUCGAGUGCAGCAUCGUCCACAAGAAGCAAGCGGCGUACGUCGGAGCCAUCGUCGAGUGCCUCGUCUGUCUCCGAGGCUUCCACACCGAGUGCGUUCCGGUCGGCGCCAAGAUGAUCACCGUCGACAUUCCGUCGUUUGAACGCGGAUUCAAGCUGGACAUGAUGGUUUGCCCGUCGCACGCAUCUCUCAAGUCCACCGGCAGCAACAUUUCGGUGUGCUACGAUUGCGACGAGAAAGACGGCGUCCUCAUCAAGUGCAGUACGUGCCUCCGCUCAUUCCACGAGGCAUGUCGCGAGACGAAGCAGCUCGACGGUCAAGCUCUGGACUCGACCCGCUGCUGCUUCUGUCUCUGCGCCGACACCGUCAAGGUCGACACGCCGGUCAUCGCCAGAUGGAGAGGGAACACCUUCUACCUCGCGAUCACUCGGGACUGGAAAGAGUAUCCGAAAAGUCAGAGAUCGUCGGCGACAAAGUUCAAGACGCUCGGAUACACGGUCGUCGAGUGGAAGAAAGAGGGAAGCAAAUCGAUUCUGCCGAUCAGCGACAUCUGCAAACUGACGACAACCAACGUGAAAGCGGCGGCGAAGGAGGUGGCCGAGGAAUGGCAGGAGGCGUUGAACGAGCAAGCCAACAAUCUGCCUCCGGUGGUCUACAAAGAAGUCCUGAGAACCGGACAGGUGAGAGUGACGCUUUGCACUUGACAAGUGUUGAUGUAUAAACCCAAAUUCUUUCAGACAUCACGCUACCUGAACGGAAAGCCUCCGAAGACGGACGAACGAGUCGAAGAGGUCGGAAUCUGCUCAUGCACCGGCCCGAAUCGGUGCACCACCGACGAUUGCAUCUACUUCGCGAUGAACAACGAAUGCCCGCCAGAGUGUGGCAGAGACGGGCGCAUCUGCAAGAAUCGGAACGUUUCCGACAAGAACCUGCACCCGCACAUCGAGCGCAGGGAGACCCUCGACAAGGGCUUCGGCGUCUUCGCCACGAAACCCAUCCAAAGAGGCGAGUUCCUGUCGGAGUACGUCGGAGAGAUCAUCGACAAAGCGGAAAAGGCUCGACGGUGGGAUGUGAUAAUCAAAUCGUCCGACUUCGAGGUCAACAUCUUCAUGAUGGACCUCAAAAAUGGAUUAACUGUGGAUGCGGCUCGGUACGGAAAUAUUUCGCGGUACAUAAACCACUCCUGCGAUCCCAAUUGUGAAGUGGACAUCACGCACAUCUUCGUGAGGGAGGAAAAAAAUCACAAAUGGUACGAGGAGCGGGCCUACAUAAAAGCAGCUCGGCCCAUCGCGGAAGGUGAUGAAAUCACGUUCAACUACGACUUCGACACGAACAUGAAAACUGUGUGUUACUGCGAAGCCGAGAAUUGCACCGGCGUGAUCGGAGCGGCCGACAGAAGGCAAAGAGCGCGGAAACGUCAGAAAGCUCCGAAGAAUGCCGUGCAGCCGACGACUUCUUCCGCUUCGAAGCGGCGCAUCGAGAGGACUGAGGAAGAGCAGCCGGUCCAGAAGAAGAGCCGCACCGAGAGAACGGUUAGUUGAUGCGUUUCAUUGCAUUCUAUUCCAUAAUUCAUGUUUCAGGCCCCGAUCGCACCGAACCUUCUCCACUCGAACCGUGCGAGACCAACAGCCGCCACCCCGAUCGAGCCGAGAACCGUCUUCGCAGCUCCGCCGCCGGCUCCAGCUCCAGAAGUCGCCACUGUGAGCCCGAUGGCUCCGAGACCUCAGCGCCGGUCUCAAAUCCGCGCACUAGAAGUCAGAAGUAGACCGGUAAUCACCGGUAAUAUUGAAUAUUUUGAUGUUUUCCCCUACCACUCGUUCCCUGUUUGUUGA